CACUUAAUAUCUCUUCUAUUCUUUUACAUCAGCCGAAUAAAAAUGUGACCAUAUACCCCAAGAAACGGACAUGGUCACGUGAGCAUAUUCUCGCUUAUGCGAGGAUGCCGCGUCCGUACGUUAGAUAAAACGUAUCCAUUAUCCAGCGUACUGCAUUCACCAGUCGGUUGGCAAAUCGUUCGGGGCCAUGAUCUACACUAUUAAUUUGUGCAUAUUAUUGGGAGUAAAACGGUUGCGAAUCGCCGAUCCUCGAAUGCAGUUAUCAGAUGUAUGGCUUAGAUAACGUCUUCCCCACGUAUAGAAUGAGUAACCCUGAAGCCAACAAAUGUAUGACGUGUAGAGGUACCACGAUAUUCAAGCAGUAGCUACCACUGAAACUCUCGUGGUCUGUGUGUUUAACUUUUCUGGUAUACUCGGUUUAUCACCUUGUGAAUGGUUCUCAGAUCUGGAGCUCGAGAUCUCAGCGAAAUGGCAAGGAAAUUUCGCACGCCAAACUGUUCUAAGAGUACCACUAGGUAUUAUAUUUGCAAGGCAUGGACUACACGUUCGACGAAAUUCCCAAGCCCUCGCUGUUUAUUGGCUGGGAUAUCUUCAAGUAGGCUUAUGGCUGUGCAACACCAGCAAAAAGAGUGAGGGAGUCCAGAGAAGGGUAGAAGUGACAGACUGGUACACUAAUGGAAAAGAAGGUUGUUGUAUGGUGUUAUGGGUCGGAACUAGAUGGCGGGAGUUCACAUCCAUGCUGGUAAUGGAAAACACACACCAAUUGUGCCAAUUCUAUCAAUGUGUAUCUGGACCAUAGCCUUGAUGUGUUUGGUACACGCACUCAACAACUGACGCAGUCGCACAACUGUGCCUUCAUAAAUAUCCUUUUUAUGCCUCACUUGUAUUUUUCUACAUAGAUAACUAUGAACCAAGAUAUGGAAAAGACACCACACACUGAUUCAAGUGAAGAACCAGCUACCCCUGUGAGCAUGGAAACUCCUCUCCCACCUCACUAUGAACGUGAACAUUUUUUUGAUCACUGUGAAGAAGGCCCUCGUAUGCGUGGCCACAAGGACAGAAGAUUCAAGGAUAGAAAGAGAAUGUUAGCUGGUUUCAAGUUUAUGGCCUUGUUGAUUAUUGGUCUUACAGCCUUUGGCUCUUACAACUACGGUAAGAACCAGGGGUUGAUGGAAGCCUACCAAAUGAGAGGAAUGCCUCCACGUGAACACUUCCGGGGCGAAGGAUUCCACCCAGAAGGAUUCCACCCAGAAGGAUUCCACCCAGAAGGAUUCCACCCAGAAGGAUUCCACCCAGAAGGUUUCCACCCAGAAGGUUUCCCACCCAGACACCCAGAAGGAUCUCACCAAGACGGAUUCCACCCAGUAGGAUCACCUCCUGUAGGACAUAUGGACUGGGAACACAAGAAUUGGAAGCCUCACCAUGGAGAAGGUCACAGUGAUGACAUGCACCUCAAGGGUGCUAUUAACUUCGAAAGUUUCAGGAAAGCCAGAGAUGCUGUCAAGAAAACUGUCGAAGCCGCUGAAGCCAAAGGAAUUGAUUACCGGAAGACUGAAGAAUACUGGAACGCUAAGAAGGCUUUGGCCGAGGUGGUCGACAAGCACUUUGAAGAAUUAGGUUCGAAGCUCGAAGACAACAAUGCGUAUUGGGAAGCCAAGACGGCUGCUAGGGAAACCAGGAUGGCUGUCAAGGAAGCCAGGAAGGCUGUCACGGAAGCCAGGAAUGCUGCUGAUGCUGCACAUAUCCCCUUCUGGAAGAGUGAUCAAUUCUGGGAAGCCAAGAAGGCCUUAUACCAGAUUCAAGAUGAACUCAACGUAGAUAACAAGAUAUUUCGCUCCUUGUCCCUCCAUCAAGAAGAAAUACCCCCAUUGGAAGAAAUGGGCAAACAUUUCAGAAAUAUGCAUCACGACGAACACGACGAACACGACGAACACGAUGAACACAAUGAACAUGAUGUCAAAGAAGAAGGUUUCUUUCUGAGUUACUUAUGGUUCUUGAUGCCAAAGCCUGAUAAGCCAUUCCACCACAAGGGUGGAGAGAUGAUCCCAAAGAAAGGUUGUAGUGAAGGCAAAGACAAAUUUACCAAGAUCAAAUUUCACAAGGAGUCCAAGGGUAAGCACCACGAGGAACUUAGUGAUACUAAAAAGCACUUGUAAAUCAAGUAGCAAUCAUGGCCUUGAGUUGAUAGGGUUUGGUUCUUUUGAUCUGAAUUGAUGCAAUGCGAUAUGUUUGGUUUUAUACAGUUAUAUAUGGUUUUAUUUGAUGUGAAUACAGAGUGUUUAAGAAGUGUAGAUCCGGAGUAGUUUUAGAAAGGCUAUACAAAUCAUAUAAACCGACACAUACUUUUACUUGGGGUGACCCGUAAAAUUGUCCUGUGAUGGUUCUGGUGUCCUGUUAUUAAAUUAUAACCCAAUUUUCGUCAUCUCGUUACAUCUGUCAAACACUCCUCUGGCCCGUAUAUACGGAUCCAAUUCAGUAUACAAUCUGGCCACCCGCUUUUGGAGUUCAAGCCUUUGUACAAGAUGAUCUUGAGAUUCCUGUCUAGUUUCAGCGGUGAUCCAAUUGGCCGUCGACUCUACCCACAGCAAGAGACAUGCAAAGUACUCUUCAAGAUAUUCUUCGUAUUGAGUGUCCACCGGUUUUGGAAGUGAGUUCUCUUUAGUAGGCUCUACGUACUCGGGCCGAUACCUAUCAGUCCCUCCCAACAGUUCAGGAAUAUGUUUGUCAUUUAUGAACAUUGUCAAUUGUUCAUAAGUAUUGGUGAAAUGAAUUUUGGUGGCCACCAACGGGUCAACCCACCCUUUGAUGAUCUUCCACACGGUGGAAAAGAUCCAAGGAGCUUUGUGGAUCAAAACUGCUCCCAAAUACUCCGGAUAGUUGGCUUCAAACGCUGCCGUUAAGAAACGAACCGCAUGCAAAUCAACAUUUGCCAAUGAAAAGCCCGUCAUGUCAAACAAAAUACUACCCU